AUGCCACCUAAACUCUCGAGAAAGGAUGCCCCAGAAGUGACGAUUUUGAAGUUCAAACGUCAAAAAACCACCUACGCGUUGCCUAUCACUGGCACGUUGAGCUUGGAAGAGUUGAAGUCCAGCUUGACCACGGCAAUUAACAGCAGUGGAGGCCUCAAUAUUAAUGACAAUGAACCAGCCAACGAGGAUGAUAUCGUUGUUCCUAAAUCGGAGCUAGUUGACGAAGACGAUAUUCCCGUGCCUAAAUCAGAGUAUCUCGAAGAAGAUGCAUCUAACAUAGAAGAGAAUGACAGCAACAGCGUCACUGUCACCUCAUCCAGCAUCAGAUUGGCCGUUCCUAAAGAUAAAACUCAACCUUAUGAGAAUCAAUGGAUCCAAUUGACCGAUGGUCUGGUGGAAGACUUGAAGUUUGGAGAUUACGACAUACUAGCGUUCGCUUACGAACAAGAGGAGUUUUAUAUAACAGAAGCUAUCUAUGAAGACUAG